AUGAGUGAAUGCCAGCAUCAAGUCAAGUCCAUGGAUGUUGAGCUUGAAGCCUAUAAGAAAUCCAUCGUGAAGGAGGAAGAAAAGAAUGAGAAGCUGGCCAGCAUCCUGAACCGGGCAGAGACAGAAGCCAACCUAAUGCAAAAACUGACUUCACAGUGCCUGACUAAGGAGGAGGCCCUGCAGAAUGAGUUUAACACCUACAGGCUCACCCUGCUGGACACAGAGGAUGCACUGGGCAAGGCCCAUGUGGAAUACACAGCAACUGUGGGAGAAUUGCAGACUCUCCACCAGGCCAUCCAGCAUGAGUUGGAGCUGAGGAGGAAGAUGGAUGCCUCCAUCAUGGAGAAGCUGAAGGAGCACAUGACCUCCAACAAGAUGACCAAAUACUUCCACCAGCUCAUCCUGAAACUCCAGAAGGAAAAGACCAACCUGGUGACACAUCUUUCCAAAAUUGAUGGUGACAUUGCUCAGACCACCCUGGACAUCACGAACACCAACUGCAGGCUGGACAUGCAUCAGAAGAUGCUGGCCGAGCUGGAUAAGGAAGUGAAAAAAGUCAACGACCUCAUCACCAACAGUGAAAAUGAAAUUUCCAGGCGCACAAUCCUCAUUGAAAGAAAGCAAGGCCUCAUCAACUUUUUCAACAAGCAGCUGGAGCAGAUGGUUUCUGAACUUGGGGGCGAAGAGUUGGGGCCCCUGGAGCUGGAGAUCAAGAGGCUGACCAAGCUGAUCGAGGAGAACAACACCAACGUGACGCAGGCCCAGGUGACCUGGCUGCGGCUGCAGCAGGAGAUGGUGAAGGUCACCCAGGAGCGCGAGGAGCACCUGGUCUCCCUGGACAUGUCCAAGAAGGAGAUCCACAUCCUGGAGCAGAAGAAACUACGGAUAGAAAACAAGAUCAGCCAGGAGAAGAAGGAGCAGAAGCAGAUCGAGCGCCACAUGAAGGACCUGGACAACGAUCUGAAGAAGCUCAACUUGCUGAUGAACCAGAACCGGUGCAGCUCCGAGGAGCUGCAGCAGGACAACCGGGCCACGGAGGGCGAGUUCGUGCUCUCGCUCAAGGCCUCAGAGCGGGAGACCAUCGAGAUGCAGGAGAAGCUGAACCAGCUGAGCGAGGAGAAGGCAGCCGUGCUCAACAGCCUGGUGGAGGCGGAACACCAGAUCAUGCUUUGGGAGAAAAAAAUCCAACUGGCAAAAGAGAUGCGGGCCUCCGUGGAUUCUGAGACAGGCCAGAUGGAGAUCCGGGCCAUGAAGGCAGAGAUACACAGGAUGAAGGUCAAGCACGGGCAGCUCCUGAAGCAGCAGGAGAAGAUGAUCCGGGACAUGGAGCUGGCCGUCACCCGCAGAGAUACCAUCUCCACCCGGGCUGAGGGGCAGAGCAAGAUGGACAAGAAGCUGUUCACGCGGACAGACUUCCACCACAAGCAGGCCGAGCUCCGCCGGAAGAUCAGGGAUGUUCACAAGGCCACCGAGGAGUGCACCCAAACCAUCCUGGAACUGGAAGAAUCUCAAAAAUCCAUGAGUGACUCCCUCCUGGAAAAACAGGAGCAGUUGUCGAGGAUGCAGGUUGAGGCCGACGAGCUCGAAGUUGAGCUGGACCGGCUGGCGACCCUCAAGCGACAGAAUCUUUCUGAGCUCGUGGCCCUGCAGACGCGCCUCAAGUACCUGCAGGCCGUGAAGGACGGGCGGUACGUCUUCACGCUCCGCAAUAAACAGUCAUUGAUGAUGGAGCUCAAGCGUCUGCACGACAGGCUGGUCAGCAUUGGCAGCAUCCUCCACCACGUGAAGGAACAGUACCCCCAGUUCCAAGAGGCCCUGCUCAAGGUCAGCCAGCCCAUCGCCAGAAGGCUGGGGUCAUCCGGGUCCUAGAGAGCCCCAAUCCCCAACCCCCCCACAAGGAGGAGGCCAGUCUGGAGUGUCAUCAGAACUGGAAUCUUCCUAUCCUCAGAGAAUGACACCACUAAAGAGAGACAGGGCAUUGUAGGAAUUUUUUUGUAGGAAAUCCCUGUGCUUGCGGUUCCAUUUUGGUGAGUCUUCCACUUGCAAAGGCAGUGUCAGUGAACACAAACCUGCAUUCCCACGUUGGGCUAACUUCUAGUAAAACUGGAAAUACAGGCCUCUGCUCCUGCCCCCACCUUCAGCAUGGGUUAAAUCCAGAUUCCCAACUUACGGGAGCAAGUCCAGGGGGAUGUGAAUCCCUAGCUGUGUCUGGAGGCCUAAAGCCUGAGGUGAGAUCACACGGGUGUGUGAACACAGACCUCCCUUUGUCUGCCCACUUGUCCACAGCCCUCGUCCACCCAGGGCAUCUCCCCCAACACUGUGAUUCCCAAGCACCUGCUACCUAUGCCUUCCCUGCAGUUUAAAGGGAAAAUGUUCUACAAGAUAAUUUUAAAUGUUUCAGCAGGAAAAUAAAAAUUUUUUCUGAA